AUGGACGGUCGGAGAAUUACUGCGAGUCCUCGACCGUGCUGUGGCUAUCGGGUGGUGGCCAAGAAACGACCUCGCAGUGGCGUCGAUGGGUUCGUCAACAGCGUUAAGAAACUCCAGCGAAGGGAGAUUUGUUCGAGGCGCUACCGUGCUUUCAGUAUGAGCGACGCUCAGGAGAGGUUCAGGAACAUUCGCUUGCAGGUUGAUUCUAAAGAAAAGAGUUCAAUAGCUGCUGUUAUUAACCUUGUUGCUUUUGAUGUUCCUCUGUAUAUAUACUUGUUUCUUUGUGUGGUGCAACUUUUUGCGUAUUUGAUGUACAGGGGAAGUGUUAUCAUUCUUUCUCCUUGCUAUAACUUAAAGCUGAUUUUCUAUGGAGAAUGGAAGGAGGAAAAAGAGGAAUAUGACACCCAUGAUCCUAAAGGACAAUGUGGCUUGGUGUUAUCAUUUCUCAAAAAGAGGUCAAAAAUUAUUGAAAUUGUAGCUGCGCAUGAUAUUGUCUUUGCUCUUGCACAGUCUGGUGUUUGUGCUGCAUUUAGUCGAGAGAGUAACAAGAGGAUAUGCUUUUUGAAUAUCAGUCCUGAUGAAGUUAUAAGAAGCUUGUUUUACAAUAAAAAUAAUGAUUCUCUUAUCACGGUCUCAGUUUAUGCUUCAGACAAUUUUAGUUCUUUGAAAUGCAGAACCACAAGGAUUGAGUAUAUAAGAAGGGGUAAGCCAGAUGCGGGCUUUGCUCUUUUUGAGUCUGAAUCACUGAAAUGGCCUGGUUUUGUAGAGUUUGAUGAUGUAAAUGGGAAGGUACUCACUUAUUCCGCACAAGACAGUGUAUACAAGGUGUUUGACUUAAAAAACUAUACGAUGUUGUACUCUAUAUCUGACAAGAAUGUCCAAGAGAUUAAGAUCAGUCCAGGCAUCAUGUUGUUGAUUUUCAACAAAGCCAGUGGUCAUGUUCCUCUUAAGAUUCUGUCUAUCGAGGAUGGUACAGUUCUCAAGACUUUCAAUCAUCUCCUCCAUCGGAAUAAGAAGGUGGAUUUCAUAGAACAAUUUAAUGAAAAGCUUCUUGUCAAGCAAGAAAAUGAGAACCUCCAGAUUCUUGAUGUUUGCAAUUCCGGGUUAACAGAAGUUAGCAGGACUGAAUUUAUGACUCCAUCAGCAUUUAUAUUUCUGUAUGAGAACCAGUUGUUUCUAACAUUUAGAGACAGGACCGUGGCUGUUUGGAACUUCCGUGGAGAGCUUGUAACCUCAUUUGAGGAUCACCUCUUGUGGCAUCCUGAUUGCAACACAAACAACAUAUAUAUCACAAGUGAUCAAGAUCUUAUAAUUUCUUACUGCAAGGCUGAUUCAGAUGAUCCACUAUCAGAAGGAAAUGGUAAAGCACCUAAGUUUGAUAUGUUAAAUGUUUCUUUGGAUGAUGUUAUUGCAUGGAAGAUUCAUUCAAUGGCUUGUUGCAUUGAUUGUUCUGCAGGAUCAAUCAAUAUCAGCAAUAUCUUGACCGGAAAAUGCCUUGCUAAAAUACGAGCAAGCAAUGGUUUUCCUAUUGAUGAAUGCAAUUGUGGUUCAUGUUGUGGCGGCAGAACUUGCAGCUCAAAGAAGCGGAUUCGAGCUUCCAGGACUAGAAGCACUGUUGCAGAAGCCCUUGAGGACAUCACUGCUCUCUUUUAUGAUGAAGAGCGAAAUGAGAUCUACACUGGUAAUAGACAUGGCCUGGUGCAUGUAUGGUCUAACUGA